GCCUUUUCAGAUCCUUUCAAUUAAAGACUUCCUUCCCCUGCAGAUCCCCUUGCAAACUCUAUGCACGUUGUGUGGAGUGAUGGCUUGUGUGUCCAUACCAGCCCCCAUACCAUACGUGGCUACGGAUCGUGCAUCAGAGAAUGAUGUGUAUUUGAAUGAUGCUUGGAUGCAGGCUGAGCAGUUGAGGCAGAAACAAAAUUCUGCUGAACUGCCAGCACUGACGCACCUGUCCCGAACCGACCCUCCCACCUUUGAGGGAGAGAACGUUUCCCUCUCCCAGUCCAGGGAAAAUGGGCAACAUGGCAACAGAGAUCACUGCUUUUCUCCUGACCAUCUCAGGGUGGAUCUUGGUGUCGUCCACUCUGCCGACAGACUACUGGAAGGUAUCCUCUGUGGACGGGACGGUCAUCACCACGGCCACCUUCUGGUCAAAUCUGUGGAAAACAUGUGUGACUGAUUCCACUGGUGUGUCCAACUGCAAGGACUUCCCAUCAAUGCUGGCUCUGGAUGCCUACAUCCAGGUGUGUCGGGGUUUGAUGAUCGCUGCUGUGUGUCUGGGUUUCUUUGGUGCCGCUCUCGCCUUGGUGGGAAUGAAGUGCACAAAAAUAGGAGGCUCGAAGACCACUAAGGCUCGUCUGACUGUCCUGUCGGGCUUCCACUUUAUUCUUAGCGGUCUCUGCUGCAUGACAGCGUGCUCCAUAUAUGCUCGCAGGAUCACAACUGACUUCUUUGACCCCCUGUUUGUUGCCCAGAAGUUUGAGCUGGGAGCUGCCCUCUUCAUCGGCUGGGCUGGAUCUGUGCUGUGUAUCUUAGGAGGACUUAUCUUCUGCCUCAGCCUGUCUGAAGGCUUCAGUAUCAGAGCUGAAUACUCCUACAGUGGAGCUGCAUCUUUUGUGACAACACGCAACAAGGCCAGUAAGCCGGCCCAGAGCCUGAACAAGGAAACACGGGAGCCAUCGAGGCAGUUUGGAAGAAACGCCUAUGUGUGAAACUAGACUCUCGUUACAUUUUGUUAAUUUGGGAAUUCACCAUGUCAAUAAUAUUUCAUCAUUAAGGACGGCAUUCACUGGAAUGAACUUACCUGUGUCUGCAGUAAGAAGGAAGUGUGGCUACUUUGGGUGACAGUUUACACAUUUUAUUGACUUGAAGUGUUCAGAUUCCUCUUUAAAUAUGGCUGCCUGGUUUCUGUCAGUAAUUCGUCCAUCAAAGAUAAGCACUGAGAGAACGAAAUUUGAUUUGACACCACGUGAUAUUCAAAGUCUCUGGUCACCUUCGAUAAGCUGGCUUUUAGUGCCUCUUGCACAUAGACACAAAUUAAAUUUCAUGCUUCAUAAGCCUCAAAUCAGAAGCCAGUGGAUAGUAAAACCUUUUUUUCUUGCAUG